AGCAACAGCAACUUGCCUGAGGAAAUGUGAUUUUGCAAGAUGGCGAGUUGGGUUAACUUUUCUGCAUUUCUCCCUCUGCUUCUGGCGAUAAUAGCCUAUUUUUACAUCUCGAAUAAAAACAAUUUAGACUUUCUACAGAGGGUUGCAAAUGGACUGCUAAAAGAGGAAAGCAGUGUCAAUGUCACAAAGGACUUGAAAGUUGCUGUUGGGUUCGGAUCAUGUAUGGACCUCAUCGUCGAUGGAAUUCCUUUGUUAAAAAAGUUGAAGAUCAAACCUCCGGCACAGCCAGCUCAUCAUGAUUCCAUUGGCAAUGAGAAGGACUUGGCUGAAGUUUUUAUGUAUUUCAUGCGGGAAGGUGCUGCUGCAGAGCGUUUCACUGAUCCAGCCACAUUUGAAAAGAUUUUAAAGACUGCCAAAACUUUGCCCAAUGUUAUUUGGCGAGCUGGUGGUAAUGCCCCUAUCAUUGGCAAACGUCUAUCCUUAGAAGGUGCCAGCCAAGUUUUGAUAGCCUCAAAUGCCAGUAGUGACUACAGAUCAUUUUUUCCAGAUAAUGUCAAAUUCCUAGGUGAGGCAGAUCAUCAAGAUGAUGUGCAUUUGAUUCUAGAAUUUAAGGUGGGAGAUAAAUGGGGUAGUUAUAUAGCCCCACGUGCAAACAGGUUUGUAAUUCAUAGUGAUGCAAACAACCCAAAGCUUCGAUACAUCGAGCCAUUUGGUACAGCAAUCAAGUCAUUCAAUCCUGACCUGGUCAUUGUAAGUGCAUUGCAAAUGCUGGACAAUUAUCCAUUUCAAAACAAUGAGAGAGAUCAACGCAUGCAGACAUUACAAGACUUUCUUGAAAGCAUUGACAAUAUGCCUGUGCACUUUGAGAUGGCAUCAUUUUCAGAAAAAGCAAUGAUGAAGUCCCUCCUAAAAUAUGUGGUGCCAUUUGUUACAUCCAUUGGCAUGAAUGAGCAAAAGCUGCCAAAUUUAGUCAGUAUGCUGAAGUAUGGGGACAUUGUUACCGUUUCUGAUGCUAACCCAAGAACAGCCAGAGUCUUAGAUUCAAUGCGUGCUUUGUACUCUGAAAUGCAGGAAAAAAGUCUAAGGGGAUUGGAAAGAAUACAUGUGCAUACAUUAGCCUUUCAAGCAAUUUUAACAAAAAAGUCUUCAAAAUGGAAAAACAGCCAGGCUUGUGUAGCAAAGGCAGCACUUGUUGCCAACAGAUACAUUUGUAACAAAGAAGAGAUUGAUACAUCAAAAGCAAAAAUAUUGAUGGAUGAGUCAUUUGCUGCAAGUUUAGCUGAAGACAGCAAGCGCAUCCCAUUCAACCCAGAUCAUCCUGUAUCAUGCUGGGAUGAAAGGGACUAUGAAAUCUGCAUUGCACCAGUUUUAGUGUGCACAGAAAUAUAUCAGACAGUUGGUGGUGGAGACAACAUAUCACCUGCAGGAUUCCUUCUACAGCUAUCCUAAGUAGAUUUUUCAAUAGAACUCAAAAUCCAUGCACCUUAGGGACUUUUAAUGUAGGUAAUUUUGGGAAAUGUGGGCUGGAUAAUUUUGUUAAGAUGAGGGUUCAUCUUUCAGCACUUAGGAAACAACUAAAGACUAUGGGUAUUAAAUUGGAUUAGCUGUAUUUGUUAUUGGAGGCCUAGCAUGACUGUUGAAAGUUUAUCUGACGAUUUAUCGUAAUAUUGAUUGGUUAGAUAGGGUUAUAAGGUGCUAUAUUUAUAACCAUUAAAUAUAGAUGUCAAACUGCAAAAUAGAUACCAACCUGGCAAUGGUCAUUAGCAAUGAGUAGAACAAUAUUUUUUUUCUACUUUAAACUGUUUUUUAGAUUGGCGUACCUCAUAGAAUAUCCCGUAGUAAGAAUGCGGUUUCAGUCUCAUGCAAAGUCAUGCAAAUUCAAUGACAGAAAGAUACAUCACAGUAAACCCAUUUUUUAUCAUAGACCAAUGAUUUGAUUUUCCUUUUGCGAUCAAGAUUUUACAAAAAACUAUGAAAAAUCAAUGAUUAAUAUAUUGACACA